GGCGACGCUCUAUAGCCUUCGCUUCUUGACUAAAACAGCUGACACCGACCAUGCGUUAAAUAAGUUGCUUAUUAAAACUUAUUAAAACAAAUUAAGGCCCAUUUGAAUAGUUCUCGUUUCACUAUCCAAGGAUGUAAAUAUUGCCAAAAUAUAGAUAGAAUUACACAAUUUCCAAUGGAGGGUUUCUUACGAGUAGACAACACGAAUUUGCCCGGUUCCCCGACAAAUUCGUUUUUGGCGGAUGAAGUCGCAUCAAUUUGUCCCUUGAUUACGCCCUCGCCCCCAACGAAUGAUCUGAUAAAUCCUCUGCCAGAACCGACACAACUGAAUUUGGGGAUUGGGCACGAGCUCGCUACAAAAUUGCAACAUGUUCAAGAUGACGAUAAAGCAGAAUCUUCUUCAUCUAGUUCCUCUGCCCUGGCCGCGCCUGCAUGUGCCCAGUUACUGAAUCAUAGAAAUAUUUAUCAUCAUAUAGUCAAAGAUGAAGACACGGAAGUGCAGGAAACAAAUGGGAAAGUUCAGCCUCUCCAAUUAACUUUUCGUAAUCCACCAGACAACUACUUCUUCAUGUCAUGGAACUGGCCACUAAUUCGUAAAAUAGCCCUCUGGAUCUUUAUGUCUGGACUCGUGGCAAUGGUCGCUUUGGUCGUUGCUAUGAUUUCCACUUUACCUAAAGCCUGCAAUCCUCAAAUCCAGUGGUAUCAAGGUAACGUUUUUUAUGAAAUAUUUCCAGCUAGCUUUUAUGCUGAUCAAGAUAUGGUGGGUAAUUUGAAAGGCAUUUCCCAGAAGGCUAAAUACUUUGUCAAGCUUGGAGUAAAAGGGGUAAGGUUAAAUCCUAUAUUUCCAACCCCAGACUACCCACGUGAUUUUGAGAAUAUUACUGACUUAGUUAGGAUUGACCCAAGUUUAGGAACAUUUGACGAUUUCAGACGUCUAGUGGAGAGGUUAAAAUCUAAAAACAUUUCGUUGAUAUUAGAUCUACCCGUGCAUCCUUUGGUAAAAAGACUACCCCACAGAAAAACUUCUAUUGUAAAAAAUGAAACUAAUAUAGAGCCUCCUAAAGAUAUAAUUGAAGGAGCCAUACUUCACUGGAUUUCUUAUGGGGUAGAUGGAUUUUACCUAAAAGGCCUCGAGAACCUAGUGGAUGAUCCAAACUUUGCUUCGUCGUUACGUAUAUGGAAAAAAAUUCUAGGUCCAGAUAGAAUCAUAAUAGUGAAUGAGACUGUUAUAAAUGAAUCCCCUAAAUCAAUUAUAAACAUUGUCCUAAACAAUGUGGAUUUAGUUGAUAUUAAACUGGAUUUAUCUAAUGGUGCCAAUGCAGUCACUCAGUAUAUCGGUUCCCUACAAAAUGGUACAUUGUUCUCAAAACCAAGUAUGCCAUGGAUUCACUGGUCACUAGGCAAUGCCAAUUCAAGGAGAUUGAUAAAUAUUUUACAACAUUAUAACACUACAUUAGGAGCCACACUACUUCAGCUUAUGUUACCGGGUACUCCAUCUAUAUUUUAUGGAGAUGAAAUAGGGUUACAUGAAAUUCUUGAUCCUGAUGGUGAGAAGCAAGACAUCAAACACUUGCAUCAACUAAACAUGAUGCCAUGGCAAGGCUAUACACCGCCCAUGUUAAACUGGAUACAUAGUAAACUAGUUCCGCCCAAUUAUGAACAGGUGGAACCAGUUUCAAAAAUGAUUGAAGAGAGGAACAAAUCACCCUCCAUUUAUAUGAAUUCCGUCUAUAAAGAGGGAGUGAAUAAACCAAACACUGAAGUUAAAUACGUAGGAGACUUUUUGGUUGUUCAGAGAUGGUACCCUAGGAGAAAAGCAUAUGUAGUUGUUUGUAAUCUAGGACACUCUAAACAAUCUGCUGAUUUGUCCAUGCUAUUAUACAGCGGAGACAUCCUGGUUGGACCCAGAGCUGAUUCAGUAAGUGAUACUAUUUCUUUUAAGGAGGUGUCUCUGUGUCCUGGAGAAUCGGUGGUAAUUAAGUUAAAUUAGAGGCAAAGACAUAGCAUUGUCCUGUAUCCAACAACCAUAAAAAUAGUGAAUGGCAAUGUCGGUGUCAUGACACUUUGCUUAUUUUGUGAGUCAAAUAAUCGUGAUUUCAUUCCCAUGAUUAUAAUAAAGUAUACACUAUCAACA